AUGUCUCCCGGCGGAUUCAACACUGCUCACGGCCCUGACCGUGGACCUUCUCCCCCAAAUCAUUUUGGAGGCGUCGGCUAUCCUAUCCCUUCGCCGCAUGUUUAUCAACCCCCUUUCCAGUUCGGAUAUGCACCUAUGCCACCACAUUUCAUGCCGCCGCAACAAUUCGGUAUGCCACAACCGGCUGUAGCUCCUAACACCGAUGGUGACGCACCAGGCACUCAUCUCCGCAACCAAACCGGAGGUGUUGGUGUCCCCCACGGAUACAACCUUCUCCAUUUCCAAGAGCAUUGCGUGGUCCAUGUCCUCAAGUCGAAGGAGAAGCCUUGGCAGUUGACAUCGUACAGGGAAGGGUCUGGUGCGCACCAGAGAUGGCUUGUGCCUGUAACCAUGACUGUCAAGGAGAUGAUGCAGCAGCUUGGUUGUAACAACGCGGAUGAUAAGAAAAACAUCAUGUACGAAUGCUCGGAGAAGGGGAAUGGUGCGUGGGCGCAUGGACUGAGGCUCGUGAUGGAUGAUAAGGACAGAAUGAAGAAAUCGAUUAAAGAUUUCGGUUGGGAUAAGACAAGGACUGGCAUGCUUGGUCAGCGAUCCGUUGUUUGGGUUUGGCUCACCAAGGAGGGACUAUGA